CAGACGAAUAUAGUGGAGGUCAAACAAAAGCUAGCACAUUGCCAUGCUAAAUACUCUACGGCUUUGCCGGCGGCCGGCAACAAGUAGCGGGACCUCCUACCCUUCCCUGCUGCUGCUUUGUAAUUUCUUUCACGGGAGACCUUCUCACAGCACCAUUAUCGAGACCGGGAGCCGUGCUCUUAACGCGACAAGCUUAAGUCGGGAACGCGGUAACCUCUACCCAUUCACACGCCAACAAAGUCGACACAUUGUAGUGUUUUCAGCGGAAUUGGGCCGUCGUCUUGGUAUCGAUGCCCGGCGACAAGCAAAACCCUCUCGACCUUCCCAGUUGAUCGUCACGGCACAGUGCUUUUUACCCUUGCAAGGCGUUGUGAUUCAACAAUUGCACCGCGAGCUUCGCACUCGCAUUGGACAUCAGAUAUUGAGGCUUCAACACGUGCUCCCUGCGAGCAAAGGAGUGGACAACCUGCUUGCCCUUCACAUCGACGUGUACGAACGCUUGUGGGCGUUGGACGAUGCCAUUGCCUGCUUGGGUAGCAAGGACAUGAAGCCCGUCGUGAUUGAGAGUUUCAACCAUUUGAUGAGCGAAAUCGAAGGUAGAAUGGCCAUGGUCGUAGAGACAUUGAUGGACGGGCUGAAGGAGAGCUAUAAGCGGCAGGCGGAGGGCGCCCCCCCGCCCCCAGGCACGGACCCUAUCACACCGAUCGUCACCUCUCAAGUGGAUCGAUUCCUGCAAGCUCGAAUAGGGAUUGCUACGCUCAUCCGCCACUACUUGGACAUCAUCAAGUCGCCGGGCGAGCAAACUUUUGUGCCCACGACCCCGGUCCUGAAUGGGGGGGGAGGGGGGAAAGACGGAGGAGCGGAGGCAGGGGAUGAGGAGGAGGCCAUGGCCGGGAUGAUACCUUCGCCCUCCUCUUCCGCCUGGCACGAAUCCCCGUACGUGGUGAACAAGCGGUGGGGCUCAGUGGUGGAAAAUUGCCGGAUCAAGGAGCUGAUCGACGAUUGCAAGGCGGAGGUCGAGGCCUUGUGCGAGCAUUACUACCAGGAACGGAUCCCGCCCGUGGUCAUCGACGAGCCUCCCGGCGCGGUCGCCACCCUCAUCCCCGCCCAUUUCCACCACACCCUGUUUGAAAUUUUGAAAAAUGCCUUCAAGGCCACGGUGGAAAGUGCGGUGCGCCGAAAUUUGAACAACAUGCCUGCUGUCAAAGUCCGGAUAUUUCCCGGGAAAGAGGAAGUCUGCGUGCGGAUCCGGGACUUCGGGGACGGGAUGUCCCUCCGCACCAUGUCCAAUGCCACCGAAUACCUCUUUACGUCCGCGGCCGAGACAUACGAACAGCAGCAGCAGCAAAUGCAACAGAGCUACCAACCGGCCAUGGAGCCGAUGCAGGGCAUGGGGAUUGGUUUGCCCGUCUCCCGGCUCUACGCCCGGCAGUUGGGGGGGAAUAUUCGCCUCAUCUCUGUCCAGGGUUGGGGAACGGAUGUGGCCAUUUAUCUGUCUCGGAAAGACUUGCCGGAGGCCAUUCCCGUCCGCGUCUUUGACUGAAGGCCUCGAGGCGGGAAAAUGGAGACGGGAGCAAGCGGUGAUCGUAGUAAUUUGUCGCGAAUUUAUACAAGGGCGAUUGAAUGAGGUGCUCUCUCUGGCAAGGAGGGAACGAAACAACAUGUGGUGUGGCAUAUGCUAGUUGCCGUGCUGUAGAUGUGCGUCCUGUUUUCGGGGGGAAACGACGAUGGAGGUGAGGAGGGUAAAAUAUGUGUAGAUAUUCAUACAUUAAAUGCAUAGACAUAUAGUCAUACAUAGAUUGAGGUGGAGGAGUGUCAGAUGGUUGGAUGCAGGGGUUGUGGUUUUUGAGGGUGUGGGGUUUCUACUCGAGCAGAUAUAUAGCUUGAACAAGAGCCUGCGAAUAGCCUUUUUUUUUCCCACCCAUUGUGAAAUAAAGAGAUACCGUAGUGAGCGUGCCUCCACUUUUGUCAUUGGUGGAAAUCUAUCAUGAAGAAUUAGUUUGUACAAAGA